AUGGCACCAUCAUCAUCAACAACCGUCGGUAAGCCUGGACGGCAAAAUAAGAGAGGAAGAGUGGACGACGAGACGGAUGAAGAUGAAAACAGAAGAGGAAAGAAGAUGUGCUUCAAAGACGAAGACUCCGUUCGGGACCAAGCAAGAAAACAUCGAAUCCUGACGGCUCGCAUGCCGACUAAUGCUCUUACUUCUACAUGGAGCCUAGGGAAGAAUAGACGCUUGGAUACGAAGCAUGUGCGAAUCCUCUGCGCUAUUUUUACACAGGGCGGACUAAGCCGAAAGGCGGAAGAGAAUCAUCUCCUGGUCCUCUGCAGUCGAGCUGAUGUGUCGAAGAUGAUGAAGCACCUUCAAAGACAAGGCCGGUCGAUCGACCCCGACACCUCCGAAGAGCUACCCUUCUUCGACGAAUGGCUCUCUGUCAAUCGAGGGAGCAAGGCGGAGGUCAUGGCCGGACAACACCGCAUCAAAGCUCUCGAGGCGUAUGUCCAGGAAACAGGUGCCGACGAAAAAGAGCUGUGGUGGACUUGUGAGUUUUAUGACAAGGAUACUCUGCCGCUGAGCCUGAAUCUUAAGCUCCGGGUUAAUCGACAGGAUCCAGCCAUGGCUGACAGUCAUGGUCAAGUAUGGAUGCAAGUCGUUGCAGCAUCGAGCCAAGACCCUGACUUGUUCCGUGGGAAAGCAGCCCAGGUUGAGGAUCAGAUGAUCGACGUUCUCCAACUAGGCAGUGAGAAGCAAUUUCCCACUCGUCGUCUCGCUACUGUCUGGAGGAAUGAAAGAUGGAAGGAGAUGACCACACGCUGGUGCGAGACCUCUAUCGGUAGGGCCACCUUCCAAAUCUCAACCUGGGACCGGAUGAUCAGCUAUAGGAUUGAUGAUUACUUGUUUACGAUAUUCCGCAGCGUAUUAAGGACGCUGUCUCAGCUCCCUGGCGAUGCUGCCAACGAGGUGGAGCUGGCGGACUGGAAGAAGAUGUCGGAGUUCCUCGGCUCGACCCGCACAGCCGAUCAAGUCCGUACACUUUUCUACCCACAAUCGUCAUCGUCGUCCCCGUCGUCGUCGAAUUCGGCUCAAGGUGCCAAACGUCGACUUGGAUUCCUCGCGGCGAUGGAUGACGGGGAAUACGAGGGGAUGUACAAGAGGAUUCUAAUGACCCCCCAGCUACGAUUCACUAACAUCAACUGUCUCAUAUACCUAAGCAAAGACGAUGGGAAGGUCCUGUUUCAGGUCAUGAGCCAUGUCGUGGCUUGGUUAAAUAAGAAUCCUUCGACGUCCUCUCGACGUGACAAUAACAAGCCCCCUUUACGUGCUGAUAUAGUAGCGAAACUGGAGCACUGUUCGGAUCGAGACGUCCGUGACGCAGAAAAGAGACUUGGUAUCUUUGUAUGGGGGCCAGAACAUCAGGACUCAACGUCCAAGACAGCUUCUAUCCUCUUACAACAGGAAGUCCUCGAUUUCGUGCUGCAAAGCAUGGCCGAUUUCAAAAGUCCAACUGUCAGGCCAUACUUAGAACAAGCACCCAAGCAAGGCGAUAGUGCUCAAUACACAAAACGCUUCUCGCACAAGACGUGGAACGGAGUGUUGACGAUAGUUCGGCGGUGGGUUGGGCAUGACUUUUCCUCAGAGUGGAUGGAGCGACCCCACGAUGGCCACUCCGUCCAUAAUGAGCAAGCUCGGAGCGCUGAUGCAAGAACUUCUCGUUUCACUGACCAUCUAGUCCUGACUGAGUCGCUGGGAGACUACAUAAGAGAAGACCCCGACCUUGCGGCCGAUUCUGCUUCUAUCAUGGAAAAGCUUGGGAACAAGGCCUUUGAAGCCGUGCUACAUCGGUGGCUCACCCAGCAGCAGGGUCAAUUUCGUCCUAAUCCGGAGGGUAGCCAUCAUGAUUACGAAAGGGCAAACGCCAGCAGCCCGGUGACUGUAACCAGCCCAAGAGCUACUCCCAAUCUGUACGAAGAGCAGGGGGUCCGAGCACAGGAAAAAGCAAAGAACCCAGAAUACGAACACCAUAGUCGCUCUGCUGGUGUCCCUGACUCUGGCCCCGACCGUUCCGAGCUUGACCCCGACCUCAAUCCUGACAGCGUCGCAUCUCAGCCAAAAACGCCAGUGGAAAUCGAAAUCGUCCACAUACAGGAACUUUCGCCCGCAAAAGCAAAGCCAAGUACAGGCAAAGGGCGUCAUGCUGGUACGCUACAGCGGCAUUCUUUGCCGGAGAAGAGGCCGCCGGGCCAACACCACAAGACAGGAGGAUCAGACAGGGUGACGUCGCGAGCGGGCGCUCCAACGCCUUCGAGACAAUUGGGAACAGGGGGUAAGAAGGGAAUGCCUGCAGCAAGCGCGUCAUCGUCCCCCUCCACUGUUUCUUCGUCAAGACCAGCCAAAGGUCCCGGGCCACGAUCUUCAUCAUCAUCAUCUCGGAUCGUACGAAGUGAACCGUCAUGGACACGUGGUGUUGAGGCGAAAUAG